AUGAAAAUCCUGGUCCCCAUCAAGCGCGUCGUGGACUACGCCGUCAAGAUCCGCGUCUCGCCGUCCGGCGUCGACCUCAAGAACGUCAAGAUGAGCAUGAACCCCUUCUGCGAGAUCGCAGUGGAGGAGGCGAUUCGCCUCAAGGAGCAGCAAAAAGCGUCGGAAGUUGUGGUCGUGUCCAUUGGCCCCAAACAAAGCCAGGAGACUCUCCGCACGGCACUGGCCAUGGGCGCAGAUCGCGGGAUCCACGUCCUCACGGACCUCCGCACGGACCAAGAGCUCCAGCCCUUGGCGGUGGCCAAAGUGCUCAAGGAAAUCGUGCACAAGGAGGACGUGCAGCUCGUGAUCUGUGGCAAGCAGAGCAUUGACGCCGACGCGGCGCAGACGGGUCCGUUGCUGGCGGGGUUAUUAGACUGGAGCCAAGGCACGUUCGCGUCCAAGGUGGUUGUCGAGGGCGACUCGCUGCUGUCGGUGACACGCGAGACGGAUUCCGGCGUCGAGACGCUGGAGCUUGGUCUCCCUGCAGUCGUGACGGCGGAUUUGCGGCUCAAUGAACCGCGCUACGCGACGCUUCCGAACAUUAUGAAGGCCAAGAAGAAGCCGAUUGAGGCCAUGGCAGCCGAGAGUUUGGACGUGGACCUUACGCCACGUAUUGACGUGGUUGAGGUGAAGGACCCGGCGUCCCGUAAAGCGGGGGUCAAGGUCGCGAGCGUUGACGAGCUCGUGGAGAAGCUCAAGAACGAGGCGGGGGUGAUUUAG